AUGGCGGACGUGUUGGAUCGGGCUACGAGGGAUGGGGUUGAAUAUCUCUUCGACAACACGAUUACUGCUCUAUGCGAAACGGACUCUGGCAGCACCGUGACAUUCUCCAAGCUCGCGGGGCAGCGGGACUUCGACCUCGUCGUAGCAGCCGACGGCAUCUACAGCAGCACGUGCUCCCUAGCCUUUGGCCGGGACUUCGGCGAGGUAAGGUCUCCGAAGCAAUGUCUCCUCCUGAUGACCAUCCCCUGGCAACCCUCCCACGGCGAAUGGAGUAGAUGGUUCAACGCCCCGGGCGGCCGAUGCGUGAGUACACGACCACAGAAGAAGAAGCAGCAGACGGGUGCUUAUUUGGCCGUGAUGAGCGAGGAGAGUCGGGAGAUCGCACGGAUGGGAGUUGUGGAGCAGAAGGCGAAGUUCAAGGAGUUGUUCGCGGAUGUGGGGUGGGAGGCCAGGGGGAUUGUGGAGCAGAUCGAGGGAAACGAGAGUGUGUAUGUGCAGGAGACUGCGCAGGUCUACGCACCCUUUUGGACGAAAGGGAGGGUUGCGCUCGUGGGCGAUGCGGCGUAUUGUCUCAGCGGCGUAAGUGGGCAAGGCACCACUCUCGCUUUCGUCGGGGCGUAUAUCCUCGCUGGAUGCAUUUGCACCCACGACGAUAUCUCGACCGCUUUGCGAGAGUACGAGAAGUAG